GCGCAGACUGAUCGUGUGUUUUGGUACUGGACGUGUCGGAGAAGGCAAAAGCGCAGUGCUGUCUACAUGAGCGGAGAGCUUGCGUCGUUCCUCCUGCAACUGCGGACUCUCUUGCCUCCUCCCACCGGCCGCCCCCGACCGUCGGAUGCUUACACCAUGCCUUCGUCGUCGAGAAACGUGGCUUCCCUCGGAGACAUUGGCGGUCACCACACCCCUCCGACUUUCAGGUUGUACAGACGUCUGUGAAGAACAUCUUAUCCCUGAGCAGCAGGUAUAAACCUCCAAGAUGACGCAGGAGAAACCACAGCCCCCCCAUAUUAAAAAAGAAGAGGAGGAGCCACAUCCUCCCCACAUUAAAGAGGAAGUUGAGGAGCUACAUCGCCCACAUGUAAAGGAGGAAGAAGAGGAACACAUUAUCAGUCAGAAUGUAGAGCAUCUUGAAGGAAUGGAGGUGGAUAUCUCCAAGAUUCCAUUAAAUAUUGUCAUUGUGAAGAUCGAAGAUGAUGAGGUCAAUGGUGAAAGUGAGGAGAAGAGAGAGGCGGAGCCUCCAAGCAGCAGCUCAACUCAACACAUGGCAACAGAAGCUGAUGGAGACCGCCGUGGAAGAUCAGAAGCAGACAAUCUCAUAGCUCCAAUAUCAGAUAGUGAUGACAUGACGUCACACUCUUCUGACACUGAUGAUGAAGACUCUGAAGCUGAUACAGGUCACACUGACAACACACACUUUGAAUGUUCUCACUGUGGCAAAACUUUUAAUUACCGUUGUAAUCUGAAAACGCACAUGAGAACACACACUGGUGAGAAACCUUUUUCCUGUGUAAGCUGUGGUAAAAGUUUCACGCAAAAUCAUCAUUUGAAAACACACAUUAGAAUACACACUGGUGAAAAACCUUUUUCUUGUUUAUUAUGUGGUAAAGGUUUUACACAAAAUCAUAAUUUGAAGGCACACAUGAGAAUACAUGCUGGUAAAAAAACGUUUACUUGUUCAUUUUGUGGUAAAGGUUUUACACAUAAUCAUCAUUUGACAGGACAUAUGAGAACACACGCUGGUGAAAACACGUUCUCCUGUUCAAUCUGUGCUAAAGGUUUUGCAGACAAUAUUGCUUUGGAAUCACACAUGACAACACACACUGCUGAACAACCUUUGUCCUGUUCCAUCUGUGCCAAAGGUUUUACAGAAAAUAGCCAAUUGAAAACACACAUGAGAAAACACACCGGGGAAAAACUUUUUAACUGUUCAAUCUGUGCUAAAGGUUUUACACAAAAUCAUCAUUUGAAAGCACACAUGACAAAACACACAGGUGAAAAACCUUUUUCCUGCUCAAUCUGUACUAAAGGUUUUGUACGAAAAGAUACCUUGACAAGACACAUGAGAUCACACACUGAUGAGAAAGUGUGAGUUGCAGUAUGUGUGAUGAAAGAUUCUCCUAAAUGUACCAAAGUAAGAACCAUUCAAAUAUAUUUUACGCACUUAUUUACAGUAUAUUGUUUUUUUAAUUGAAGUGCUACAUAUGUUAUUUCUAAUUCUAAAUAAUUUCAUUGAUGAUAUCCUUUGUAUGAUAUACAUACAGGUCUUUGUUUCAUACUUUUGCUUUUGAGUGUACAUAAAUCCCUCUUAGUUCAUAUCUAUCGGUUCAUAUCUGAAACAUCUUCCAGAUCACAUCUGGAAGCAUUUUAUUAUUUACUUUAUACAUAAUUUGAGCCGUCUUGUAUUCUACGGGAUCAGUUGUUUGACCCUUUUCCCAGCGCACUUUUACGGGGCGCAGCCCUUGUUGCAACGCAUGCAUGUUCCAGUUCUGUCUACUCUGUAUGAUGUAUGUCUGAUUUUGAACGGGUUUGGACUGAAAAUGUAAUUUAGUUGCAUUUUUCAAUUUCAAUGACAAAGUGCUAUUCCAUGUGUGACUUUAAUGAAUCAUUUGUCUAGUCUUGGUAAUCAGUUCUAUGAAUUAUCAUUAUUACUCCCUUAUGUGAAAUGACUAUUUGGUUUGUGAUUGUUCAAGAUGUAUGUCCCCAGGCCUCUAUGCAACAUGCAAUGUAUGCUUUAAGUAAAAUUGGGCACGUUAUAUGUGGUAAA